UAACCAACUGGUUGCAUCACCGUUUUCAUUGUUUAUUUUGUUUUUUUCAAUGUUUAUUAUUUUUAAUUUUUUGAUUUGAUUUUCUUCUAGUUUUUUAUUCGAUUUUCAAAUAAUUAUGGAAAAUGUUUGGACAACUAAAUUUAAUAAAGCUCAAUUCAUUGUUGGACCUAUGGUUGAUCAAAGUGAGCUUCCCUUUCGCUUGCUAUGUCGCCAAUAUGGAGCUCAACUGUGCUACUCUCCCAUGUUACAUGCCGGUAUAUUUGUUAAAGAUGCUAAAUAUCGUAAAGAAAAUUUGGUAACAUGUGAAAGUGAUCGACCUUUAGUUGUACAAUUUUGUGCCAAUGACCCAGAUACAUUUCUAGAAGCGGCUAAAUUAGCUGAACCUUAUUGUGAUGCCAUAGACCUCAACUUAGGUUGCCCUCAGACCAUUGCGAAGCGUGGCCAUUAUGGAGCAUUUUUAGAAGACGAAUGGGAUCUUUUAAGAUCUAUGAUUUCUAAAGUCAAGAAUGAAUUGACCAUUCCUAUAACCUGUAAAGUUAGGAUAUUUAAAGAUAUGGAAAAAUCAAUCAACUAUGCUAAAAUGUUGGAACAAUCUGGUUGUUCAUUAUUAGCUGUCCAUGGACGAGUAAAGGAACAAAAAGGAGUUCUUACUGGAUUAGCAAAUUGGCAAUAUAUUAAAGCAAUCAAAGAAAAUGUAAAGAUACCGGUGGUAGCGAAUGGCAAUAUCCAAAGUCUUGUUGAUGUGUAUAGAUGUUUAGAGGAAACUGGAGUUGAAGGUGUUAUGUCCGCCGAAGGAGUGCUUCACAACCCAGCUUUAUUUCGUGCAAUUCAUCCUCCAGUGUGGAAAAUAGCCGAAGAUUAUUUGCAAUUGGUUGAACAGUAUCCUUGUGCCUUAUCGAUAGCUCGAGGACAUUUAUUCAAAUUCUUCCAUAUUUCUUUGAGUAUUGAGGAGAAUAAUGAUUUAAGAUCUUUGUUAGCUAAAGCUAAUGCUAGGAGUCAGCUUCAUCAAUUUGUUGAAUUGAUGAAAGAACGCUUUAAAGAAAACUAUGGAUUAGAAGAUUUGUAUAUUGAUAUGCCGAUGUCGACGUUACCCUUACCUCCUUAUUUUUGUCAACCCCACUUUCGCCCUCCUCCGCCACCAAUAAAACCACCAGGAUCCGAAGAGACAAGUAAAAAACGACCAAUAGAAAAUGAUUCAGAAGCGAAUGAAGCGAAGAGAUUAGCUCAUGAGGCAAAACUCAUCGCUAAAAAAGAAGCUAAAGAGGCAGCUGGACGUAGAUUACCUCUUUGUGUUUUGUGCCCGAAUCCGAAAGGAGUUAAAUGCGAUUACAAUCUUUGCAGAACAUGUUGUCGGAACAAAGUUUACAAAUUAGUUCUAGAUUGUGUUGGUCAUAAACUGCUAUUUAAAACUAGAAAACGAAUUAACGAGGAGAAAAACAAAGAAAAAGCUAAUGAACUCGUCUCGACUCUAACUCAACCUUCGACGAAUUCAUCUCCUGUUUUAACAUGUGAAUGAUGAUUAAAUGUCUAAAAUUUAUGAUGGAAUCCGACUCAAUUUUAAAAAAAGUUUGACUAGACGCGUUAAAGGUUUUUUGGAUGCUAAAUAAUGUAAUACGAAUGUUAAUUACGAAAAAAAGUCAUUUGAUCGAAUCAAUAAACUUUGUCAAAUCUGAAUAGUUUUGAAACUGAA